GUUAGUUAGAAUCGAAAGAUUCCAUAAUAAUGGGACAAUUAUUAAAGCUAAACAAGUUUAUAUCCAAACAUGUACUGAAAAUUUUAAACCAAUGUUGGACUUUUCACAUGGCUAUGAAUAUAUCCACAUGCCUCUAUCUUGAGCCGAUAACAUGAUUAGAUUGUGAACUUGGUGGUGGUGGUAUCUUUAAUCACUGGCCAUAAAUUAUAAUGUCAUUAUCACAAAAAGUAUAGGUUAUAUUGAUAUUUAUGAGAUGGUAGCGUGAGACAGAGAAAUGAAGAAGAAUAGUAGUAGCCGUUGACUGACAAAAACAGAGACUUUCUACUUUACUUGCAGCACAAUCCUCUACGUAUCUCUUUUGUCUUUAUUAUUUCAUUUACCAAAAAAUCUAAAUCCCAAAAGUAUGAUAAUUUUAGCUGUCGGACUAUGUGUAGUGAGCGUAAUAAAGUCACGAAUAUUUUUUAAGAUAUAUAUAUUGUGAGGCUCACAUGAUUUUGAUUUUUCAACAUUUUGAAUUGACUAAUAAAUAGAAUAAAGUGAAAGGUUUAUAAAAGAUCCGUGAAAAGCAAGUAAAGAAAGAAGCAUCUGUAUCAUCUCCUCUGGUGGGGCUUGAGAGAGAGAGAGGACUAUUUUCUCUACCUUCUUCGUCGUUUCUUGUCCGUGCUCUUCAAGACAUACUGUGUCUACAUCAAACUCACUUCACUCUCGUUCUAUAACUAUAAGUUCUUCUCCUUCGUUGAAAACUCUGCACCAAAUCAUUAACUACAACCCAUUUUCUUAAAUCAUUUGGAAAACAAAAAAAGAAGAGCAAAGCCAUGGACUUUCUGAGUUCCAUGAAGGAAGAUGGCUUGUUAACAACCUAUUCUUCUCGGUCUUUUCUUCUUGAACCUCUUCUCUUAAGAUGGGUCUUUGGUUUCUUGCACGUGGUUUUGUUGCUGGUGCUGUUUUGCUUAUGGGUGCGUAACAAAGUUUGGGGAGAUAGUGGUUUUGGUGUUGUUACAAAGAGUCUAAAAUCUAAGGCGGUUCUGUUUUGUAGUUUAGCUCUGUCUCUCCUUAAUCUCGUGUUAUUGUUGUUGAGUGGUUUCUCUUGGUACGAGAGUAGUUGCUCAGAUAAUGAGCAGCUAGUUUCUCUCGUCGUGUUUGUAUUAGCAAUGGUUUCUUGGGGGACUUUGUCUAUUUGCUUGCAUCGUUGCAGUGACUAUGAGCAAACAAAGCCUCCGUUUCUGCUUAGGCUCUGGUUGGUUCUCUAUCUCUUGGUUUCUUGCUACUCUCUUGUGGUAGAUAUCGUUAUCUACAAGAAAAACAAAACCGUACAUGUUCUUCUUCCAGUGUACGAGAUAGUUUCUUUUAGUGCUGCUUUGUUUCUCGGUUAUGUGGCUUUCUUCAAGAAAGCUAGAGGCAGCAUCAAUAGGGUUUUGGAAGAGCCACUCUUGAAUGAAGACUCUAGUGUUGGUGCUACUCCUUACUCUAGAGCUGGCAUUCUCAGUCUCUUGACUUUCUCUUGGAUGAGUCCAUUGAUAGAAACUGGAAACAAGAAAGCCCUUGAUCUAGAAGAUGUCCCUGAGCUUCAUGUCAGUGACAGCGUAGUCAAGUUAGCACCUAACUUCAGGAGCAUGCUUGAAUCAUCAUCAGAUGGUGGUGGUGUCACCACGUUCAAGCUCUUAAACGCCUUGUUCUUCUCAUCUCACUGGGAGAUUCUAGUGACUGCCUUCUUUGCUUUCAUCUACACGAUCGCAUCAUACGUUGGACCAGCACUCAUUGACACACUCGUCCAGUACCUUAACGGACGUAGACAGUACAACAACGAAGGCUAUGUGCUAGUCACUACUUUCUUUCUUGCUAAGCUUCUUGAGUGUCUUGCCAAGAGACAUUGGUACUUCAGGUUACAGAAGAUCGGUAUUAGAAUGAGAUCUUGUCUUGUCGCAAUGAUAUACGAAAAAGGUCUAACUCUUUCAUGCCAUUCAAAGAAAGGACGUACAAGCGGUGAGAUUAUAAACUUCAUGACUGUGGAUGCUGAGAGGGUUGGUAGCUUCUGCUGGUACAUACAUGACUCAUGGCUGCUUUUGUUACAAAUCGGUCUAGCUAUGUGGCUAUUGUACAUGAGCCUGGGGUUAGCAUCUAUAGCUGCAUUGGUUGCUACAUUUCUAGUAAUGCUUGUGAACAUCCCAUUUGGGAAAAUGCAAGAGAGGUUUCAGGAGAAGUUAAUGGAAGCCAAGGACAGCAGGAUGAAAUCGACAUCCGAGAUCUUGAGAAACAUGAGGAUUCUCAAACUCCAGGGAUGGGAGAUGAAGUUUCUGUCGAAGGUAUUCGAUCUUAGGACGUGCGAGGAAGGGUGGCUGAAGAAGUAUGUGUAUAACUCAGCUGUUAUAAGCUUUGUUUUCUGGGGAGCUCCUACUUUGGUGUCAGUCUCCACCUUUGGUGCUUGUAUACUUCUUGGGGUUCCACUUGAAUCUGGAAAGAUACUCUCGGCGAUUGCAAUCUUUAGUACUCUACGACAACCGAUCUUCUACCUUCCGGAAACUAUCUCCAUGGUUGUGCAAACAAAAGUCUCUCUAGACAGGAUUGCAUCUUAUCUUUGUCAAGAAAAUUUAAACCCUGACGUUGUGGAGAACCUUCCAAAAGGAAGUUCAGACAUAGCUGUGGAAGUGAGCAACAGCACUUUAUCUUGGGAUGUUUCAUCUGCUAACCCAACUCUAAAAGACAUUAAUCUCAAGGUCUUCCAUGGGAUGAAGGUUGCAGUUUGUGGUACUGUUGGCUCUGGGAAGUCAAGCUUGCUUUCUUCUAUACUAGGAGAAGUACCUAAGAUAUCUGGAAGUCUUAAAGUUUGUGGAACAAAAGGGUACGUUGCACAGUCUCCUUGGAUCCAGAGCGGUACUAUUGAGGAGAACAUCUUGUUUGGUAAGGCUAUGGAAAGAGAAAGAUAUGAAAAGGUGGUUGAAGCAUGUUCUUUGAGUAAGGAUCUGGAGGUACUCUCAUUUGGUGACCAGACCGUCAUUGGAGAACGUGGGAUCAAUCUGAGUGGUGGACAAAAGCAAAGGAUACAGAUUGCAAGAGCUCUUUAUCAAGAUGCAGAUAUCUAUCUGUUUGAUGAUCCUUUUAGUGCUGUGGAUGCUCACACAGGAACACAUCUCUUUAAGGAAGUUUUGUUGGGGCUUUUGAGUUCAAAAACAGUUAUAUAUGUAACUCAUCAAGUUGAGUUCUUACCUGCUGCUGAUCUUAUACUGGUCAUGAAAGAUGGAAGGAUCAGCCAAGCUGGAAGAUACAAUGAUAUCCUCAACUCUGGAACAGAUUUCAUGGAGCUUAUAGGUGCUCAUCAGGAGGCUCUGGCAGUAGUUGGUUCAGUUCAUGCCAGUUAUGCUUCUGAGAAACCUGGUCUUGUGAGAGAUGCUAUUGACUCUAAGGAGACACAAGAAAGCCAAGAUUUGAAGAAUGGUAAGUCAGACACUGGAGAGGCCAAUAGACAACUUGUGCAAGAGGAAGAGAGGGAGAAAGGUAGCGUCUCUUUGGAUGUAUACUGGAAAUAUAUAACACUAGCCUAUGGAGGAGCUCUUGUGCCUUUCAUAUUGUUGGCACAGGUUCUGUUUCAGCUUCUACAGAUUGGAAGCAACUACUGGAUGGCUUGGGGUACUCCUGUUUCCAAAGAUGUUGAAGCUCCUGUGAACCUUUAUACAUUAAUGAUUGUGUAUGUGGCUUUAGCCGUUGGAAGUUGCUUCUGCAUUCUUGUAAGAUCCACACUUCUUGUAACGGCUGGUUACAAGACUGCCACUGAACUGUUUCAUAGGAUGCACCGCUGCAUUUUCCGCUCUCCUAUGUCUUUCUUUGAUACCACUCCAAGUGGAAGAAUCAUGAAUAGAGCUUCUACAGAUCAGUCAGCGGUGGAUUUGGACAUACCAUAUCAAUUCUCAUCACUUGCUGUCACAGCCAUUCAGGUUAUUGGGAUCAUUGGAGUUAUGUCACAGGUUUCUUGGUUGGUUUUUCUUGUCUUCAUCCCUGUGGUUGCUGCCUCCAUAUGGUAUCAGAGAUAUUACAUAGCUGCAGCAAGAGAACUUUCACGGUUAGAUGGAGUAUGCAAAGCCCCACUGAUUCAGCAUUUUUCUGAAACGAUUUCAGGGUCAACAACCAUCAGGAGCUUCAAUCAAGAAUCAAGAUUCCGUGGCGACAACAUGAGGCUUAGUGAUGCUUACUCUAGGCCCAAAUUUUAUUUAGCUGGAGCAGUGGAGUGGCUUUGCUUUCGCCUUGAUAUGUUAUCUUCACUUGUGUUUGCCUUUUCACUCAUUUUCUUGAUCUCUAUACCUACUGGAGUGAUUGAUCCAAGCCUCGCCGGAUUAGCCAUUACUUAUGGACUCAAUCUGAACACUCAGCAAGCUUGGCUGAUGUGGGCUCUUUGUAAUCUUGAGAACAAAAUCAUAUCGGUAGAGAGGAUCCUUCAGUAUGCAAGUGUUUCUAGUGAACCACCUCUUGUUAUAGAAUCAAACAGGCCUGAGAAUUCAUGGCCUUCACUUGGAGAUGUGGACAUCCGCGAUCUUCAGGUCAGAUAUGCUCCACAUAUGCCACUAGUGUUGAGAGGAAUAACAUGCACAUUCAAAGGAGGUCUAAGAACAGGAAUAGUUGGAAGAACAGGAAGCGGGAAAUCGACAUUGAUACAAACCCUUUUCCGCAUUGUAGAACCAUCAGCCGGAGAGAUCAGGAUAGAUGGAGUGAAUAUCUUGACCAUUGGGUUGCAUGACUUGCGUUUAAGACUAAGUAUUAUACCCCAAGAUCCAACCAUGUUUGAAGGAACUGUUAGAAGUAACUUAGACCCUCUUGAAGAGUACACAGAUGAUCAAAUAUGGGAGGCUCUUGACAAGUGCCAACUAGGAGAUGAGGUGAGGAAAAAGGAACACAAGCUUGAUUCAUCUGUGAGUGAGAAUGGAGAGAACUGGAGCAUGGGUCAGAGGCAACUCGUCUGUCUUGGGAGAGUUCUACUCAAAAGAAGCAAGAUCUUGGUGCUUGACGAAGCCACUGCUUCUGUUGACACUGCAACUGACAAUCUGAUACAGAAAACGUUAAGAGAGCACUUCUCAGAUUGUACGGUGAUAACCAUUGCACACAGGAUAUCUUCUGUUAUUGACAGCGACAUGGUUCUGCUUCUUAGCAAUGGUAUCAUUGAGGAGUAUGAUUCGCCAGUGAGGCUGCUCGAGGAUAAGUCUUCAUCUUUUGCUAAACUCGUCGCUGAGUACACCUCAAGAUCAAGUUCCAGUUCUGAUUAAACCUCUAUUUAAGCUGGCUUGUGAUUCACAUGAAUUACAGGAUGCUGUCUUUGUAUUGUAUUACUUCUAUAACACUAUCAGUUCUUUUUUUCUCAAUGUAUAAAAGAUUAACCUACAUGUUAGACAUCAUGAUCUGAAACAGAAAAAAUAAAACAAAUAAUACAAUC